GUGGCUGCAUUCAUGAUGCGACUGGCGAAGUUGACGCACAGCUUUACGCUCAAAAAUGCAGCGCAAAAGUGCACGGAUCAAUCACACGUCAAGCGUCACGGCAGCAGCAGCAGCAACGGUGCGGGGCAGAGCAUUAACGGCCUGGCGGCCACAGCGACAGCAGCAACGAGGGGCAGCAGCAGCAGUGGCAACACCAGCUACACCAGCAACAGCAACAACAGCAACAGCAAGCGCAAGUCAAAGCCAAGGACAAAGUGUUUCGGUGGCACAGUGUUUCGCUGUUGCCUACCUUGUCGCGGGGGCGGCUCCGCAGCCCCCGCCACAAGUCCGCCCCAAACACCCGCGCAGACACCGGACGAACUAAAGCCCAAGACGCAGAUAAAAAUUGAUUCGCAGACACGCAACGAGCACAAGCAACAACAAGAGCAACAAAAAUAUCAACUACAGCAACAGUUGGAUAACGAAUUGGAAACGUGUGCCCCGGGGGAGAAAAAACACUCGCUGGCCGAUACGAUUGGCACAUCGGUUACCACACCCAUAUCCCUAAAGACGCUCAUAAACGACGUCGACGAGGACUUGGAGCAGCAUCUAAGCGCCGCUGAUAUAGCAGCCGCCAGUUUAGCCAGCGGCUUGGUGGCUAGACGCGCUGAACCCGAAACACUCAGUGACGCAAGCGUCUCACCCACCGUGGUGGUGCUGCAGCUGUCCAACACAUUGACAGCUAGCACAGCGCCCAGCCUAACGCUGCCAACAGACGUUGAAGAAGGCAUCGCGAACAGCAGUCUAACGACAGCAGCAGCAGGCACAGCAACCCUGUUGUCGACAAUCGCCAGUAGCGUCUCCCCAACGUCGCCGUCGCCCAGCGGCAUUUACAGUGUCAAUCAGCAGCCAAGCGGCAGCAAUAGCAGCAACAGCAGCAGUAGCGGCGGCGGCGGCGCUGCUGGAGCACCAGCAGGAUCACCGGCAGGUACAGCAACAGCAGCAGCAUCAGGUGCAGCAGCAGCAGCAGCAGCACAGCGUUGCAGCUGUCAGCCGCAGACUUCACCUCUGCCCCAUAUCAAAGAAGAAGAGGAAUCUGAGCAGCAACAACAACAGCACGCAAACAAUCGCCAGCCAUCAAAUACGAACAGUAGCAACAGUAAGGACAAGAGCAGUCCCAUCAAGGGUUUUGAGGAACCUCUGCCACCCAUUACCAUUGCUGGCGGCGGCUAUUGCGGCAGCUGCGAGAGCGUGCAUCACUCGUCGGGCACCUCAUCCUCGGCCACAGGCGUCGGCGUCGGCGGCGGCGGCGGCGGCAGUUCGACGCAGCAAGAAUACGUGGGCGCCUCGACGCCAUCGCCACGCAUCAAAUUAAAGUUUCGCAAGCCGCACAAAUCGUGCUGGUCGCGUAUUGUACUCGCACCCAUUGGCGGCACCGGCGGCACUGGUUCCUCGUCGGCAACGGUCAUUGGCAGCAAUUCGAACGAGACUUUAGCGUCGAGUGGCGGCAGCAGUACCGGCAACACAAAUACCAAUAACAGCAGCAGCAUCAGCGUUGCUGCCCAUCAUCGCUUGGCCUCAUCUUCCGCAUCGGCUCUAGCCUCGCAUCCCAGCAACUCGCAGCUGUUGCCCACCAGCAAAAUGCAGGCCGAACAGGGAUCUAUUGGUGAUCUGCAAAAGUAUCACAGUCGCUACCUGAAGAAUCGUCGUCACACCCUGGCCAAUGUUCGUUUCGAUGUAGAAAAUGGCCAGGGCGCCCGAUCACCGCUUGAGGGCGGUUCACCCAGCGCUGGUUUGGUUCUACAGAAUUUACCGCAACGUCGCGAAUCCUUUCUAUAUCGUUCCGAUUCGGACUUUGAGAUGUCACCAAAGUCAAUGUCCAGGAACUCAAGCAUUGCUAGCGAAAGGUUUAAAGAACAGGAGGCCUCUAUACUCGUUGACAGAUCCCAUGGCGAGGAUCUGAUUGUAACGCCGUUUGCCCAAAUUUUAGCCAGUUUACGUUCAGUGCGCAACAAUUUAUUAAGUCUGACAAAUGUACCAGCAUCCAACAAAUCCAGGCGGCCAGCUCAAUCAUCAUCGGGACGUGGCGGAAAUGCAGGCGGUGUCCAACUAGCACAGGGCGAGGAGAACUACACUCGCCUAGCCACCGAUACCAUUGAGGAGUUGGAUUGGUGCCUGGAUCAGCUGGAGACCAUACAAACGCACCGCAGUGUCUCCGACAUGGCAUCGCUUAAGUUCAAGCGCAUGUUAAAUAAGGAGCUAUCCCACUUUAGUGAGUCAAGCAGAUCGGGAAAUCAAAUUUCCGAAUAUAUAUGUUCAACAUUUUUGGACAAGCAACAAGAGUUCGAUUUGCCAUCGCUGCGCGUCGAAGAGAAUACGGAACCUUCGACCCAACCGGUCAAUCAAUAUCCGCGCAGUCGAUCGCCCCGCGGUCCGCCCAUGUCACAGAUCAGCGGCGUAAAGCGGCCGCUCUCGCACACCAACAGCUUCACCGGCGAGCGUUUGCCCACGUUUGGCGUGGAGACGCCCAAGGAGAACGAGCUGGGCACACUGCUCGCCGAGCUCGAUACGUGGGGCAUUGAGAUAUUCAAAAUUGGCGAUUGGAGCUGCAAUCGUCCGCUCACCUGUGUGGCAUACACCAUAUUUCAGAGUAGAGAAUUACUGACCAGUCUUAUGAUACCACCGAAAACUUUUCUUAACUUUAUGACUACUCUGGAGGACCACUACGUCAAAGACAAUCCGUUUCACAAUUCGCUGCAUGCCGCUGACGUGACACAGAGCACAAAUGUGCUACUAAAUACGCCAGCAUUGGAGGGCGUAUUCACGCCCCUCGAAGUUGGCGGGGCCCUGUUCGCCGCUUGUAUUCACGAUGUUGAUCAUCCUGGCUUAACCAAUCAGUUUUUGGUUAAUUCAAGUUCCGAACUAGCAUUAAUGUACAAUGACGAAUCUGUUUUGGAAAAUCAUCAUUUAGCUGUUGCCUUCAAAUUAUUGCAAAAUCAAGGAUGUGAUAUAUUCGGUAAUAUGCAAAAGAAACAACGCCAAACAUUGAGGAAAAUGGUUAUUGAUAUUGUGCUCUCCACGGACAUGUCCAAGCACAUGAGUCUGCUGGCCGAUCUGAAGACUAUGGUGGAGACCAAGAAGGUAGCCGGCUCUGGGGUGCUGCUCCUGGACAACUACACAGAUCGUAUACAGGUGCUUGAGAAUUUGGUGCACUGCGCUGAUCUGAGCAAUCCCACCAAGCCAUUGCCGCUGUAUAAGCGCUGGGUGGCGCUGCUAAUGGAGGAGUUCUUUCUGCAGGGCGACAAGGAGCGCGAAUCGGGCAUGGACAUUAGUCCGAUGUGCGAUCGCCACAAUGCAACCAUCGAGAAGUCCCAGGUGGGCUUCAUCGAUUAUAUUGUGCAUCCGCUGUGGGAAACCUGGGCCGAUCUGGUUCAUCCAGACGCACAGGAUAUACUCGAUACGCUUGAAGAGAACAGAGACUACUAUCAGAGCAUGAUACCGCCAUCGCCGCCGCCAUCGGCAGCCGAUGAAAUACCGCAGGAUGAGAAGAUUCGCUUUCAGAUAACGCUGGAAGAGUCCGAUCAGGAGAAUUUAGCCGAGCUUGAGGAGUGCGACGAGAGCGAGAGCCGGGCAGAUGCCGGCUCCAGCACCACAACGGGCACAACGGCCACCAGUGCGGCAGGCGGUGGCCAUCCGCCAGGGAGUCAAAAUCAGGCCCAACGCGGUGGAAUGUGACGGAGAGUCGUCAGAAUUUAUCGGAGAAUAACGGAAAAAGCGCACAGCUUCUUCCUACUACGUUAGUGACUACAAUUUAAAAAAAAAGAA